CGGGGGGCGAGAUUUUUAAUGACGUUAUCGCGUCCGUCGUCCUGCCCGCCCCGUGUCCCGCAGCAGGUACCCACCCCGCCUACCGCUGUAAUAUUUUUAUUCGCGAUAUUAUGUUUCCCUCUUGAUUACGUAGUGCGUGCGUUUUUGCCGCCCCGCGCGUAUCCGAACUGCGUCUCAUCGGCACCACCGCGGGCACACCCCACCCACCCCCCCGCGGGUGGAUCAGUGCCGUAUUGUUCGGGGACGACGUGAUCGCGUUUUGCCGGUUACGAUGUGCACAAUCUCUGGAUAGAGUGUCUCGCCAAUUCCGCCGCUCCGGUGCGGUUUUCGUCCAUAUUUCCGUGGGGCGCGUCACUUCAUCACCCCCGUCGCGGCCACUACCCGGGCACGGACGCAGACGUCCUUUUCGUUGGGUAUCGCCAUCGUGUCCUGCCGAUAUCGUGUCCCGUUGAAGUCUGCCCGUCCAGGCAGUGCAGGUGUGCGACAAAAUUCUUCCGCGCCACUGUUGUAAAAACCUCCCGACGACGACGACGACGACAAUAUGUCUGUCCCGCCUUCGAAUUCGUCGUACGACAUUUGUGAAACAAGUAUUACAUCAGCCAGAGCGUCUGUGAUGAUUUAUGAUGACAACAGCAAAAAAUGGGUUCCAAGUGGAACAUCAUCAGGCCUUAGUAAAGUACACAUUUUUAAACAUGUGAUCAAUAAUACAUUCCGUGUAGUUGGAAGAAAACUACAAGACCAUGAGGUUGUUAUUAACUGUGUCAUUUUAAAGACUCUAAAAUAUAAUCAAGCUACAACAACAUUCCACCAAUGGAGGGAUAAUAAACAUGUAUAUGGUUUGAAUUUUAGUAGCAAAGAAGAUGCUGAUUCUUUUGCUCGAGCUAUGGUGUAUGCUCUUGAGGUUCUAGAUUCUGUAUCCAGGAAUAAUAUUAAUAAUCCUCACAAUCAUAUAUUACCUCCAGCACCUCCUAUAUAUCAACAAGCAAAUGGACAAUAUGAUGAAGAUAUGGGAUACAGAGAUUGGUGUACAAAUAAUGUGCCUAAUCAUUUUAGAAGCAUGACGAAAGAUGAUGCUGCCAUUAUCCAAGAAAGAAGAAUGUCUCAGCAAAAUCAAAUCGUUAGCACAACAAACGGUUUACCAACCAUUCCACCUGCACCUCCUCAGUUGCCUACUUCAGGUCACCAUCGCACAUCAUCGGCUCCGCCAGCACCAGUUCCUCCUCCUCCUCCACCAGGUAUGUCUAACCCAAUGCCUCCUCAACCACCUCCAAUGCCUGGCAGUCUACCGAGACCUAGUAGUAAUGGAGAACCUGAUCAAAGCGAAUCUGUUGCUGACCAGACAUCGUCUUUAGCUAUACAGUUACAGGCGGCUCGUUUAAAACGUACCAAUAAGCAUCCAGCCGAAAAUAGUGGCUCGUCUACGAGUAGUGCUAGCAGUGGUGGAAGUGGAAAUUAUGGGACCCUUGGUAGAAAUGCAAAUGGUGGCCAAACUGGUAUGGCAUCAAUGAUGGAUGAAAUGGCACGUACAUUAGCAAGACGUCGAGCUGCUGUUGAAAAGAAAGAACCAAUUGAUUGUCCUCAAGAUGAAAGUGUAUCACCUGGUGACAAAAAAAAUUGGAAUCGUAAUGAUAGUCAAAAAAGCUCAUUAAAUGGUUGUGAAAGUCCUAAACUUGGCCGAAAACAAUUGUCUGCUACUUCCACUGAAGACUUGAUAGCAUCUAAGUCUUUUGGAGACAAUUGUAUAUCAAAUAUAUCAUUAGAGUUACAGACAUUAAAACAAGAUAUACUACGUGAAAUACGCAAAGAAUUGAACCGAAUGAAAUUGGACAUCAUUGAAAGCGUAAAAGUAGAGAUAAGCAAAAGAUAAAUGAACAACAAUCUAUCAAACAAGUAUCAAAUUACUAAUAUUCAUUUUCAAUUUUAUAUUGAUUCGAUGCUUGUUCUUUUUCUAUUAAGUGAACAUUUUCGAACUGAAUCUCAUUUUAUUACUGUUAUAUGAUUUAGGUACACUCAUAGAUAAUAUUAUUGUAAACCUAUUUAUGACUUAACUCAUUUAUAGCUACUUAAUUUAAACUAUUUCUUACAUAAUCAAGUUAUUAUGUAGCGCAUAUUUUUUAUAUCAAAAUUGUUUUUUUUUUAUGUGAGUGUAAUCACCUUAUGAUUUAAGUGUGAACAAUUUGUAUUAUAUUAUUUAUGAAAAAAUAAAAAGCAUGGUAAACGCUUCA